AUGUCGUCCGCAGCAGCAGCUUCAUCUCGCAAUAGGAAUCAUCAUCGAUCUGGAAGGUCCAAUGCAAACACUCCGGAUGUUUCCAAAGGCCUGUUGGUAUCUCGAAGGGUUCCCACGCCACAACGCAGUACCAAAAACAGCAAUAGUAAUAGCAGUAGCAAUAGUAGUAGCAGCAGGAGCAGGAGCAAUGGUAGUAAUAGCAAGAAUAGCAAGAAACAUAAAAAAGGCAGUCGCAAACAGCUUCCAGCGAGACAAAAGUCCUUUCGGCAAAGAAUGUCGGAUAGCAUGCAACAAUGGAAGUCUGUACCUUCAUUAAAAGUGGACAUGGACGAUGAGAAAUCACAUGCAAGCAGACAAAGCAGCAGCAGCAGCAGCAAGGCCAACAACAAAAAGCAGCGAAUAAUAGACAUACACCAAGAAGCCAUAAAGGGCAGCAACAACAGCAAGGCAGGCUUUCGAAGGUUUUUGUCUCGAGGAAGUUCUUCCCGCACUGACGAUACCUUUGAAAGCCUUGCCACCAUUUCGGAUCGAUUGAAUCCGGGACCUCCUCCGCCACUCUCUGCUUGCUUUCCACCGUCCUUGAGGACCGAACGCUAUUUGAUUCGAAGGCCGGUGGCCAAGGGCGAAAUGGCCACCAUUGAGAAUCAGCAUGGUACCAUUGUGGCCGUGGUGGAAGAGACGCAUUAUGGAAGGCGUUUAUUGAAAACAGCCGAUGGCAAGGUCUGUGCCAUGAUCUUGCAGCACCAAGAAAAGUACGGUCCCAUUACCUAUAGCAUCUGCGGUUCGUCGCCGAUUGUUUACAAACAGUCCAUCAAAUUUGAUCAAGUCGGUCUGGGCUAUUACAAAUGGGCCGACGUUCAAAAUGCUGGAGGUAUGGGAGGCACCAUUUCUCUCAAACACGUCAAGGAUGAAAUCAUUCCCAAGGAUCACACCUUUUGCACCAAAAUGUUUGGAUCCGUCUUUCGAUUGAAAAAGACAAGGGGACACGUUGUGUUAGAUGAAGAUAAAAAGGAAUGUGCCAAAUUGAUUGCCCUGCCCAAUACGGGACGGGCGGUACAAAUUGCACCCAAACACGAUGUGGCCAUGAUGCUGUGCUAUUCCGUGAUUGUCGAUGAAAUCUUGGAAAAUCGAUUGAGAUGA